UUUGUGCUCCCAGAAUGCACCAGCGCCUCCUCCGCGGGAAACAAAAAUGGCGAGGGGCUUCGCCGGGGCCGGGCUGCCCGUGAGGCGGGUCUGACCGUCCCCCGCCGCCUUCCGCCGCCGGUCCGCCCCCGGGGGGCCCGCUGCGCACCGAGCGCCCGGCCGCACCGCGUCGCGCCGCAGGGGGAAGCUCCGGAGCUCGCCGAUUUCCCUGUAUGAGGCGGUUGGCACCACUGGGGAGACCGAAUGAGAGACUCCGCAGCGGUGGGUAAUUCACUGGUCCAUAAGCGGUCUCCUUUACGUCGCAGCCAUAAGAGCUCAGCAUCUCUGGCCAAGCUGUCGUUACGUGAUGGACAGAAAGCCAAAAAGCCACUUUGUAAAUUUGAGGAAGGUCAGGAUGUCCUAGCUAGAUGGUCAGAUGGCUUGUUUUAUCUUGGAACUAUCAAAAAGAUAAACAAACUGAAACAGAACUGCUUCAUUAUAUUUGAAGACAGUUCCAAAUCCUGGGUUCUCUGGAAGGACAUACAAACAGGAGCCACUGAGAGUGGGGAAAUGGUCUGUACAAUAUGUCAGGAAGAGUAUUCAGAAGCACCAAAUGAAAUGGUUAUAUGUGAUAAAUGUGGGCAAGGGUAUCAUCAGCUGUGUCACACACCAAAUAUUGAUUCCAGUGUGAUUGAAUCAGAUGAUAAAUGGCUCUGUCGACAGUGUGUCUUUGCAACGACAACGAAGAGAGGUGGUGCGCUUAAGAAAGGACCAAAUGCCAAAGCACUGCAAGUCAUGAAACAAACGUUACCAUAUAAUGCAACAGACCUUGAGUGGGAUGCAGGUCAUAAAACCAAUGUCCAGCAGUGUUACUGCUAUUGUGGAGGACCUGGAGACUGGUAUCUAAAGAUGUUGCAGUGCUGCAAAUGUAAACAGUGGUUUCAUGAGGCUUGUGUGCAGUGCCUCCAAAAGCCAAUGCUUUUUGGUGACAGGUUUUAUACAUUCAUUUGCUCAGUUUGCAGUUCUGGACCAGAAUACCUCAAACGUUUACCCUUGAGAUGGGUAGAUAUAGCACAUCUAUGCCUUUACAACCUAAGUGUUAUUCAUAAAAAGAAAUAUUUUGAUUCGGAGCUUGAACUUAUGGCCUACAUUAAUGAAAACUGGGAUAGAUUACAUCCUGGUGAGCUGGCAGACACACCAAAAUCUGAAAGAUAUGAGCAUGUCCUGGAGGCAUUAAAUGAUUACAAGACUAUGUUUAUGUCUGGAAAAGAAAUAAAGAAAAAGAAGCAUUUGUUUGGCUUGAGAAUUCGAGUUCCUCCUGUGCCACCGAAUGCUGCUUUAAAGGCUGAUAAGGAGCCAGAAGGAACUUCACAUGAGUUCAAAAUUAAAGGCAGAAAGUCAUCUAAACCAAUCCCUGAUGUGAGGGAAUUAAGUAAUGGUAUAGAAAGAAAGGGGAAAAAAAAAUCAGUAGGUCGUCCACCUGGUCCCUAUACAAGAAAAAUGAUUCACAAAACUCCAGAGUCAUCUCCUCUGGAUAAUGAACCAGUUCCAGUGAUAGAGAACCCAGCCUUGGAAUUACCCUGCAGUGUUGGGAAAUCUGAUGGAACUGCACAUUCAUCCAAUACCUCAGAUGUGGAAUCCACAGGUGCUGCCAGUAUGAAAGAAACUACCUCAUCUAACAUUUCCAGACAUUAUAGUAGUUUAUCUGACUCGAGAAAAAGGACUCGUACAGGAAGAACUUGGCCUGCUGCAAUACCACAUUUGAGGAGGAGAGGCCGCUUUCCACGCAAAGCACUCCAGACUCAAAAUUCAGAAAUUGUGAAAGAUGAUGAGAGCAAGGAAGAUUACCAGUAUGAUGAACUCAAUACAGAGAUACUUAACAAUUUAGCAGAUCAGGAGUUGCAGCUCAAUCAUCUGAAGAACUCCAUCACUAGUUAUUUUGGUGCAGCAGGUAGAAUAGCUUGUGGGGAAAAGUACCGUGUGUUGGCUCGUCGGGUGACACUUGAUGGAAAAGUGCAGUAUCUUGUGGAGUGGGAAGGAGCAACUGCAUCCUGACUGUAGGACUGAACAUUAUGUUCACUGCACUGUCAUCUGUAAGUACAGUUCAUAAUGCAGAGCCACGAGAGAAAUGGUCUUCAAAUGUGUUUCUAAAAAAAAAAAACAAAAACAGAAAAACCCCACAAAAAAACAAAACCAGUUUAGCCUUAACAUGUAACUGUUAUCAUUACAGCUCUUGUGAUAAAGACUUAUCUUUUUAAAAAUCUGAUCUGAGACUUAAAUUUUUUAAUCUGAACAUUGUUAGAUUGUUUUAGGUUGGGAUAUUUUGGGUUACAAUUGCUUAAAAAUGUGCAUGGUGUUUAAAAAAAGAUGACAUUUUCUAGAGAACAUUCCAUGGAUACAGUUAUUGUGAUUUAGAGAAAAUAUUAUGUAGAUAGCACAAAUAUUUGAAAAAUCUUGGUUUCUUUUCUUACCCAAAUGUUUGCAGAAAUGUAUUUCUAUUUCAAUACUUUCUAGAUUUCAUAAGUGCAGUGUAUAUAAUGCCUACUGAAGACUGUAAAAUACUGAAGUUUUCUUUCAAACAAAGUGUAAAAAAAAAAAAAAAAAAAGAAAAAAUAUAUUGAGCCUGUAAAUUGCUCUGUGACCAGACUUCAUUGUCUUCUUAAUAUAUUGUGUGUGUGUGCGUGUGCGCGUGUGUGCGUAUACACAGAGGUGUAUAUGCACACACACACCCGGGCGUGUAUAUAGAUGUGUGAUUGUGACCUAUGCAAUACAAAUUAUGGGAUCAGUCAGCUUCUGAGAAUACGUCCCAUAAUUCUUUUUUUCAGGAAUAGUUGCCAGUAUUUACACAGCAGCAUUUCUUCUCAGGCUUAUUGGGUGCUGUUGCUUUUUAUGUACUAAGGAAAAGUGUCCAACCAGUGCAGCGUGUUCUGGCAAUGGGUGCAGUCAUUGACGUUCAUGUGCUCUACAUUCCAUUGUUUUCCACUUGAAUUAACCAUUGAAAGAUAAUGCAGGAUCUGAAGAUUUUGAAAUUAACUCUACUGCAAAUAACAAUUUGAAAGCUCUUGUGGCACUCUGAUUGUAAAUGUCAUGGCCCAGUAAUAAAGUAAGUUGACAGGAGCCGUGCAGGAUUUCUACAUACCUGUAGAAACAGGCAUAUCUUGAUAAAUGUAGUAUGAACGAAGUAUAUUAUUGCACAGGGUCAACAAAUGUUGCCAAUUGAAGUAAUGUUACUGGUUUUAUUACAAUAUUACCUCUUUUGUGUUUGUGAAAUGUACCAAGUUUUAAAUUGGUAAGAUUAUUUUACUUGUUAAAAAAAAAGUCAAAAAGUCUCUUGCCAGUAUUAGAUAUUUUUUCUUUGUCUGCUAUUUUGAGGGGGUUUUAGCCAAAGAGUAAACAGAAGAAUAUUUUUACUUUGGUGGUUAUUCACUGUACUGUAUAAGGUUAGUUUUCUUACAUCCUUACAGUUUGCCACCAAAAUAAAAUUAUGUAAUGUUAACAAAUGACAGAGUGGUUUAAAGUGUACUGCCUGAGUUAGUACUUAUUUAUUCCAUUACUUGGUUAUUUGACUUUUUCUGCUUAUCUUGAACAUCUUGAAAAGGUGAUUUUUUUUUCUGUUUUUUUUUUUUUUGUCACCUUAUAGCCAAAGGAAGCAGAGAAAGCUUUUUAUCCUGUGCUUGGCUUAUGGCUGGCUGGGUUAUAUUAGCUUUAUAAAAGUGCUAAUUAAAAACUCCCACUUCUGUUUACCUUCACUAAAAUGUAUGGGUUUUUUUUCUCAUACCCUCAGCUAUUAAUUUAAUGUUGCCUUGCCUAUAGCUGCAAUAUUGUGGUAACACAGUGACUUCAUGUUAAUUUUUGAAUGUUUAUAUCUUGAGAUAAUGCAAAAUGUAAAGCCUUUGUAACCUUUCUCACACCAUCUGUAUUUGUCUUUGUUUCACUUUAUCCAAGUCCUUUAAUUCUAACUGAACACCAGCAGUAUUUUUCAUAAAGAUUCAUUUAAUGAUAAAUAUUGGAAUGUACUUGGGGGCUUUAGUGGGGGUGAUGUGGGGAGAAAAUACUUGUCACACUUCAGCUGUCCAUAGACCUAACUAUUGUGAAUGUCAUUUCAUUUUAUUAUGGUGGUUGACUUAACUCUGAUGUUCAGUUUGUAUUUUUGGAAUUGCUUUUCUCUUAGAAUUAAAAGACCAACAUUAAAUGUGUGUAUUUUUUGAGAGAGAAGAAUGAGUUUUGAUUCUGUACUCUUGUGAAGCACAUACUUGGUGGCAUCCUCCUAUCCAUCAUUUCCCAUCUCUAGCUUUCCUGUUCCUGUCCUGGAGACACUUGCCCUGCACAUAGACACUAACUGGUGCUCCAGCUAUGGUUGAGGGAUGCUUUGUUACAAAGUGUCACGUACUGGAAAAUGCUGCAAUAGUGCUGCUGAAGAUAGAGCUAGAGUAGUAACUAAAGCACACCUACAAAUGCCUUUCUCAUUUUAUGUGAAUUUCAUUGUAUGUAGUAGUGGUGUGUCUAAAGGAAAAAGACAGAUGUUGCUGUAUGUAAUGAUUUAAUUUUGGUAUAACUUGAUCAUUGUAUGUAUGCAUGUGUGUAAAUAUAUGUAAUUCAACUUUGUUGUGGUCACUGAUUUAGAACCAUUUCUAUGUGUAUAUUUAAUAUUUUUCCAUUAUGUUUUAUUUGUAUUACAGUAGAAUUAAGGUAGGAGAAGUCUCUUGUGAUGGUUCUAAAAAUAUAGGUAUCGCAUGAACAAGACAGGAAAGAAAUAAUGGCACAAUACUGGUCACAAUUGUAAAAUGCAUCAUAGCAAACUAUUUGUCAAAUCAUUGUUCUCAACAAAAACUUCAACAGGAAUUUUGAAUAAAACUAUGGUU